AUGAAGAGCUUCGUCGUGCUCGCCGUGGUGUGCCUCGCCGCCCUGGCCAGCGCCACGGGGGACGAGGACCCAAAGGAGACGCCCCGCUUCGGGUUCAUCUCCUUGGAUAACACAGGCGCCGUGCUCACCCUCAACUCCACCUCCCUGCAGUACGCAGUCAUCGCCGGAAUCAUCGUCCUCGUCUUCGCACUCGUCAUCAUCCCCAUCCUGGGCUUCGACAUCGCUAAGCACUUCGCAACACGGGAUGGUUAUGACCACUUUAACUACUACAACGAACAGCCGGAGUACUCUUCCUACACCAGCUACGCCAAGAGAUCCCUGGACGUCCUGACCCCAGUACUGGCAGCUCUACGCGAGGCUUAUAAGAAAUACGAGUAA